AUGGCUCGUUCUACUACCUCACUUGCUAAGUAUAUUCAUGCUAUCCGUGACUCUCCACGGGAGAUAUACAACCAUAACCUCGCGAUUGUGGUUGUCUCAUUUGCCCUCUGUGGCUGUGCGAAAGGUUGGGAUGAAGGAUCGGCAUCUGCUAUUACACAGCUUAAGUCUUUCGAGCGCAUGUAUAAUCUAGACAACAAUACUAUUUCGAACAUUGUCUCCUUCGUCAACCUUGGAGCGGGAGUCGGUGCUUUGCUCUCCUUCUUACUGAAUGACCGCAUUGGUCGCAGAUGGUCGAUGCGACUUUACCAGUUGGUAUACAUCAUUGGCUCCUUGAUAUCCUGUUUUUCCUACGGCAAUGUCGGCGUUCUCUACGCUGGCCGCCUGAUUGCCGGCCUGGGAAUUGGGGCAUUGACCGUGGUAGGCCCUAUGACAAUUGCAGAGGUGGCACCCAAGGCCACGAGAGGCCUCAUGACUCUGCUAUUCAAUGUCUGCAUGCUGUCUGGACAGGCGUUAGGUGUUUUCACGGUGUAUGGAUGCUCCAUACAUAUAUCACCGGCGAAGAAUCUCCAGUAUCAAGUCCCCUGGUUUACUCAGACCUUUGCUCCAUCGAUCAGUAUCAUCCUCUCCUUCUUUGCCGUUGAGUCCCCGCGUUGUAUCAUUCUGAGCAAUAAACGACAAAGCGCCCUUACUACCCUACUACGUCUUCGAGGUCUACCAGCAAACCACCCGUACGUGGACACUGAAUACAGUGAAAUGGUACGCCAGGUAGAAGAAGAGGACACCUCCCUUGGGCCAACCAGCUCUUUAAAAGUAGUCAAGGAAACGGUUUUUAUACGCAGCAAUCUACGCCGCGUGCAGCUCUCCCUUGUGGCGUAUAUCCUCGCACAGAUGUCUGGGGCCAAUUCCGUGACUAACUAUUUGCCAACAAUUUUUGGUAUGGUAGGUAUCAAAGGGUCUGGAGUCAAGGUCUACAGCACGGGUCUCUAUGCAAUUACAAAGCUCAUAUUCUGCAUGGCUGCCUCGCUAUGCUUCGUUGAUGUGCUGGGUCGGCGCAAGUCCCUCAUGGCCGGUAUUACCAUUCAGAUAAUCUGCCACUCUUAUUUGGCUGGCUAUUUGAGUUUCUUCACCAAAGAGCCUUCAACUAUGCCGAAAGGAGCUUCAGACGCAGCCAUUGCCUUCAUAUACAUUCAUGCCUUGGGAUGGGCAAUUGGACUCUACACGCUGCCUUAUCUGUUUGGUGCCGAGCUGUGGCCUAGCCGGAUUCGCUCUUUUGGGGGUGCUCUGUCUCAGUGUUUCCAUUGGCUUUUCUAUUUCGCCAUCACAAAGGCAACGCCAUCUCUACUGACUGGUUUACACACAUGGGGCGCGUUUGUGUUGUUCGCCGGAUUCUGUCUCCUUGCGUUCGUAUACACCUUCUUCCUGGUUCCCGAGACUAGCGGCCUAAGUCUCGAGGAGAUAAACAAGAUCUUUGAGCGACCACUCUACCGACUAGGUCAGCCGUUGGCUCCUGAGAGACAGAACGAUGAGGAUGACGAGUAG